AUGCCUGCCGGGAGACAUAACAACCGUGGGAGGAUUGGGAAGGCGAGUUCCCGUGACGCAGCCAACGGCAUUUCGAUCAGAGGCGCAUCUUCAAGGAGGGCAACCAGCGGCAGAGGGAGACAAGCGUCUGGACCGAAAGCCCAAAUAAGGGAGUUAUUGCCAGAUCUCAUCAAAGGUCGAGUGCCAUCGCCACACAAUGGCGACCCUGAGACAUCGGCACCAGUCAAGCCCACGCAAGACGCCCGACCUCAUUCUGCACAGAAAGCGCAUACCGAAGCGAUAAUCAAAGAGCCACCUCCCAAAGUCGAGAGAGUUUACAACGGCAUCUGGGAAUCUGGACCCGCAAGUUUUGCUUUCGCGACGCAUGGCAAUUUGGACCACAGCGAAGACACAAUCAUCCUCGCCUUGAACAUCCUGGAUCACAUCAUCCGUCCGGAAAAUUGGAACCCUGAGUUGUCAAACAACAAGCUAUCAGCGUCCUGUUUCUUCUUCGCAUCCAGGCUGACCGAUAAAAAAGUCACGGCCACAGAAGUGGCUGAGUCCAUCUGGGUUCAUCCGGAUAUGGUAGCGGAAAUGUCGCAGACUAAGGAGGGACCGUUGUAUGACCGCAUGUUGGAAAGCCUUACAGUCAAUGCAGCGCAAAUUGUGCAGGGUUAUGGCAUUCUGUAUGAGCAGAGAGAAGGCCUGAAAGACCUUUUGGGGGAGUAUAGCAACGACGUUACAGAUCUGCCAUCACCUGCUGCCGAGCAGCAGUUGCUGGAAUCGCAAAGUGAAGAAUUACCUAUCUCGCAGGUGGCGGCGGAAAUGAUGAAGUUGGGAUACCAGAGAGGAAGCGGAAUGGGAGCGGACGUACAGGACAUUGCAGAAAUCGAUGAGGAGAAAGAUGUUGAAGUCGUGGUACCUGGUGAUAUAGCGGAGGCUGAGCAAGUAGAGCUUGAGGGAGGAGAUUUCGAGAUUGACUUUGAGGAUUUCGUGGCGGAGAAUGAAUAG